AUGCUCGGCGAACUACCUGGCGAUGUGUUGCAGUGCAUCGCAGACUGGCUAGAAGGUGGAGAUCUGAACAAUCUGGUGAGAACAAGCACUCAUUUCUAUCAAUACAUCAACCCAUUCCUGUAUCACUGGGACAUGCAUCAUCCUGACCCACAGGCAUUAAUCUGGGCUGCAAGGAAUGCACAAGAGAUAACAGCUCGAAUGUCACUAUCAAAAAUACACACGCCACAAUCAUUCACAGCUGCGCAAAUUGCUCUAUCGAAAGCAGCUGGGUUAGGGCAUGAGCAUAUUGUGAGACUCAUCCUCUCUACGGAGGGCAUCAAGCCUGACGUCAGAGGAUCAUGGAGCGCCCAAAUCACUUGGGACGCCCCACUCUACUGCGCAGCGGCGAAAGGGCAUGAAGGUGUAGUGAGAAUGCUACUCGACUUGAAGGACGUCAACCCCGACCAGGGAGGCGGCUGGGGUGAUACACCGUUGCGCGCGGCAGCAGCAUCUGGGCACCUAGAUGUAGUCAAGUUGCUUCUUGCUACCAAGCGAGUAAAUCCGAAUUAUCAAUGCUUCCAUGGAAAGACCCCGUUACUCAAAGCAGCAGCAAGAAACCAUCAGGAAACGGUGAUGUUACUACUUGCGACUGAAGGGGUUGAUCCUCAUUUACGGGAUAGUCAUGGCGUAUCUAUCCUGUCAUUGGCGGCAAAACAUGGCCUUGAAGAGGUGGUUAGAAUUCUGCUUGCUACACAGGGUGUCCAUCCAGAUUUAAGAGACUUGUACAACGUGAGUCCAUUGGCUGAAGCGGCACGUGCUGGAGAAAAAAAAAUAGUCACCAUGCUGCUCAACACAGGAAGGGUGGACCCUAACUCUUCCUCCAGUACUGGAGAGACCCCACUUUCUCGAGCGGCAGAGCGUGGUGAUGCGUCAAUCGUCAAGUUACUUAUUACUGCAGGUGCAGACAUUCAUAUGGAAAAUGAUUAUGGAUCAGGACCACUCCUACGCGCUGCUGGAUCCGGAGAUUUGGAAACCGUUGAAGCGCUUAUAGCUGCAGGUGCGGAUGUUAACACCCAGGAUAGCAAUGAGGAUACAGCACUCAUGUAUGCUGCGGAAUCUGGAAACGUGGAAGUUGUCAAAGCGCUUCUCGCUGCGGGUGCAGAAUUCCAUGUCCGCAAUGUAGACGGAGCAACGCCACUUUUCUACGCUGUAAAGGGAAGAAAAUCGGAAAUGGUCAAGUUUUUUAUUUCUGUGGGUGCAGAUGCUAACACCCAGGAUAGCAAUAAAGAUACAGCACUCAUGUAUGCUGCGGAAUUUGGAAACGUGGAAGUUGUCAAAGCGCUUCUCGCUGCAGGUGCAGAAUUCCAUAUCCGCAAUGUAGACGGAGCAACGCCACUUUUCGGCGCUGUACAGGAAAGAAAAUUGGAAAUGGUCAAGUUUCUUAUUUCUGCGGGUGCAGAUGUUAACGUCCUGACUCAGUUUGGGAGAACAGCCCUCACUAUGGCUUGUGAUGUUCUAUAUUAUGCGGAGACAGAUGUGGAGAUAAUUGAAGCGCUUAUUGCCGCAGGAGCAGCACUUGACACACAAGACCAGAGACAUGGAAACACAGCCCUUGCAAUCGCGACUGUGCGCGGGGCCUUGGAGGUGGUAAACAUGCUGCUUUCUGCAGGCGCCACGCCUGACAUUGCGGACAAUGCAGGAGACACUCCUCUGUUAAAGGCGUCAAGAUUUGGUGAUUCGGAAAUGGUAAAGCUUCUACUCAAAGGAGGAGCAAAUCCAAGCAUUCCCGAUGGUAAUGGACGAACACCCCUCCACAACAUAGCAUGGAGGCGUCUAAUGGACCAUGUCGAACUGUUCAAAGUCCUUCUUGAUGCAGGUGCGACUGUCGAUGUGCAAAGCAGGGAUGGUUCGACGCCGUUAGUGAUGGCAUCACGCCACUGUAGUCCGGAGGCGGUGAAACUUUUACUUUCAGCGGGGGCAGACCCAAACCGUGGACAUAGUAUUGGGCUUCCACCCCUACCAUCUGCAGCGGUUCGUGGCGACGUGGAGAUUGUAAGAAUACUUCUUGCCGCAGAAGGAAUCAAUCCGCAUUUGCAGGAUGAGAAUGGGAAGUCAGCGCUGGCGCUAGCCCAAGAAAAAGGUCAUACAGCUGUGGCCGAGCUUAUAAGGCAGCACAUUGAGCGUAUGGGGCAUGCCCCUUGA